AUGCCGCCAAACAAUAAGAAAAAGAAAAAGGCCGCGUCUAACCCGGCUCGCGGGUUCGCGACUGUCUCCGUGCCUUCCAAACCAAAGCCGGAGGGCACAGAAACUUCUUCUGCGACGACUGGGGAGUCGAAAUCCACUCCGCAGAAUGAAUCGGAGCCCACACAUGCCGAAGAACUCCCCGCUGCUGCGGGCACACAAGAUAACGCGCCCUCAUUACAAAAUUAUUCACCCGAAGAGCUCGAGAAACAUUUGGAAGAGGCGGAGCUACAGAUUUUGGUGGACAAAUAUGCAGCGAGGUGCAAGGGAGAUGGGGCGCGUCAGGCGACCAAGUUGGAGACCGAGAAGCGGGUCUUUCGACAGCAAUCGGUGACAUUGAGUCUUCUCGAAUGGCUCCCAGCAGAGAUGCAAGAAAGAGUUUUGGAAUUGGCUAGCACUGAGGAGCAUGACUAUCUCAUUGCGAAUGCACGAAAUGGUAGCGCCAAGCAGGCAGGGUCCGAGGAGGAGCUGUAUAUGAAGCUUUGGACCUUGAAGGAGACACUUCUCAAACUUGGAUUCCCUGAAAAUCGCACCGAGGAAGCAUUGAAACAUGUUCUCCAAUACUUUGCCGGCAAUACGGCUGGUGCCAGUCGAGAUGUGGUGUGGAACCUGGAUGAGGCGCUUGAGUGGCUGGCAACGCAUAGCGACAAGAAAGAGCUUCCAUCUUACGUGCAAACUACCGCCCGACCCCAGAAAGACGAGAACAGUGUCACCUCAUGGAUGAUUGAAUCGGAGCCAUCACGGUCCUCCACUCCCAAUAAACCAAAUGGAAACAAGCAGGGAAAGAAGGCCGAUUGGAAGGCCGCAAAAGCUCCGCCUCCUGUUUCUUAUGACUCCGAUAGCUCGAUUGAUCCAGACACCAUGGUUCCAGAAUGGCUGGACUUGCAAACCAAGCUCUACAGCCUACAGCCGGACCUUUUUGAUCGCCCAGGGAAGGGUAAGAAAGGUCGUGGGCCAACAAGCCAGUCUGAUGAUCCUGAGGUGGCAAAACUUCAGCGGAAGAUUGCAAAAAUCGAAAACGAUGUUCUCUUUGAGCGCCGGGAGGCCGAAUACAUCUGGAAGGACAAGCUUGAGGAGCUCAGAAAGGACGCGACAUUCAUCCGUCGCCCGCCUGAGCGAAAGAAGGAGGAGCCACCGGCUGAGGAACAGCCAGAUGUCCCAGCCCUUGAUGGGCUCGACUUGAGCAUGCCAUCGAUGGAUGAGUUGGAUGGUGCCGGGUUCGGCGAUAUGUUCCAGGAGCAAAUUGAAGGCUCGGGGUCAACACUUGGUCUCCCUCCUCCCGUACUUGGAACAUCUACCACUCUUCGGGACUUUGGGAAGACUACGGGUCUCAGUCCACGGCGAGUGCUGGAGGAGACUUGCAAAGCAAAAGACUCGGCUUGCAAAGUUGUCUAUCAGGAUACUUCCAUCUCCAGCCACCAUAAUAGGCAGGCUGUCGAGGUGCGGUGGUCAAAACCGCAGGAAGCCCCGUUCCCACUUGCCGUGGAAUCGGUUACACACAAGUCGAAUGAGUUUGCAACUUUCGUUUCAAUGGAUUCACUGGCCACUCCGACUUCUCAGCAGGCUGAGGGAUACGUCUCUACUCUCGCCCUAUUUAUUCUCUUCCCUCAGAGCUCCAAGGAGGGCAAAGCUUACCUGCGGCUGCCCGCGGUGUGGAGAGAUCUUUGUACUGAGUUUUCAUAUCUCAAGAAGACCCAGGAGGACGAGGUUGACAAGAACGCGGUGAAAGAUUUGAAGCGCCUGGUGCAAGAGAACCAAAGUAGCUUCGAGGACGACGUGGUGCUUCUGGACAAUUUCCGGAAGAGAAAUGGCAACGGUAGCAAGCCCGGCAGCCCGUUGAAGGGCCCCUCUCGGGAUGGCUACUUUGGUCACGAUGAACGGUUACUGGAGGCAUGGGCGGCGAAAUCAUCCACUCCUUCCUUCCAUCGCAUGUUGCAGGGCAGAAUGAAUCUCCCGAUCUGGAACUUCAAGGAUGACAUUUUGCACACUUUGGAUACUCACCGAAUCCUGAUCAUUUGCAGUGAGACGGGAAGUGGAAAGAGUACCCAGAUUCCUUCUUUCAUCCUGGAGCACGAGAUGCAACAAGGCCGUCCCUGCAAAGUCUACGUGACGGAGCCUCGUCGUAUCUCAGCGAUUUCAUUGGCACGGCGUGUCAGCGAAGAGCUAGGAGAAAGCAAGAACGACGUUGGUACUAUUCGUUCUCUCGUUGGUUUUGCAGUGAGACUGGAAAGCAAGAUCAGCUCAUCCACCCGGCUAGUUUACGCGACCACUGGUGUUGUUGUGCGGAUGUUAGAACGGCCAGAGGACUUCCAGGACAUUACUCACGUUGUCCUGGACGAAGUCCAUGAGCGCACGAUCGAUAGUGAUUUCCUUCUUGUUGUUCUCCGGAGGCUAAUGCAGAAGCGUCUCGACUUGAAGCUCAUUCUCAUGUCCGCUACGCUGGAGGCCCAACGCUUCUCUAACUACCUCGGUGGCGUGCCCGUGAUGAAUAUCCCCGGGCGAACGUUCCCCGUGGAGAUGAAGUAUCUCGAGGAUGCAGUUGAGAUGACAGGCUACCGGCUAUCAGAGGAUGAUUCAAACGGAGUUCUGGACGAUGACCCAGACGAAGGCUCUGACUCCACCGGGGAUGCUGCUAACGGUGGUCUUCAGGCCAGUCUCGAAGGCUACUCCAAACAGACACGAGAGACCAUCCUUAACUUUGAUGAAUACCGGAUGGACUAUCAGUUGAUCAAGAGACUGCUCCUGAGGAUUGCCACCGCGCCUGAAAUGGACCACUACAGCAAGGCAAUCCUAAUCUUCAUGCCUGGUCUGGCAGAGAUUCGUCGUUUGAAUGAUGAGCUUCUCGCCGAGCCAACUUUCCAGAAGGGAUGGAUUGUGCAUGCACUUCACUCCUCGAUUGCCAGUGAAGAUCAAGAGAAGGCUUUCAAUGUGCCGCCUGAGGGGACAAGGAAGAUCGUCAUUGCGACAAACAUUGCAGAAACCGGUAUUACCAUCCCGGAUAUCACGGCAGUUGUUGAUACCGGCAAGGAGAAGAUGAUGCGCUUCGAUGAAAGGAGACAGCUUUCUCGACUCGUCGAGUCAUUUAUCUCUCGCGCCAACGCUAAGCAGAGACGUGGUCGUGCCGGUCGUGUCCAGAAUGGUAUCUGCUUCCAUUUGUUCACCAAACAUCGACACGACAAGCUGCUCGCAGAGCAACAAACACCCGAACUGCUUCGGCUUUCUUUGCAAGACCUGGUCUUGCGAGUUAAGAUCUGCAAGCUAGGCGAGGUUGAGCAGACGCUCCUCGAAGCCUUGGACCCACCGUCACCGAAGAAUAUUCGGCGUGCUAUUGACUCUCUCAAAGAAGUAAAGGCUCUCACAAGUAAUGAAAGCUUGACACCGCUGGGAUCGCAGCUGGCAAAACUGCCACUGGACGUUUUCUUGGGCAAGCUGAUCAUCCACGGAGCUUUCUUCCGUUGCUUGGAUGCUGCGGUCAGCAUUGCUGCCAUUCUGUCGUCCAAGUCACCGUUCGUCAACACCAUGGGCUCAAACUCGCAACGCGAUGCAGCGCGUAACGGUUUCCAGAGAGGUGACUCCGAUCUUCUGACCGUAUACAAUGCCUACUGCGGCUGGAAGCGCACCAAAAGCACACCCGGCUCCAGCGAUUACGCCUUCUGCCGCAAGAACUUCCUCAGUCCCCAGACUCUCCUAAGCAUCGAGGACGUCAAGCUGCAGCUCAUUGUCUCAAUCGCCGACGCCGGAAUGUUGAACUUAGACGCCUCCCAAAAGACAGCACUCAACCGAGCCCGCUCAAGCAACCGCCAACGCCAAUUCUUCACCAUUCCCGAAGAGUAUGACCUCAACAGCACAAACGACGUUGUCAUCAACUCCGUCGUCGCAUGGAGCUUCUACCCCAAGCUCAUCACCCGCGAAGGCAAAGGCUGGCGCAACGUCGCAAACAACCAAACCGUGACGCUACACCCAACUUCAGUCAACAAGCAUGCCGACCACGCUAUCAAAUGGCUCUCAUACUACCAUAUCAUGCAAGCUCGUAACCGGAACCUGAACGCACAUGAUACCAGCGCCGUUGACGAUUUCGCCAUUGCCCUGCUGUGCGGUGAUGCCGAGUUCAAGCUCUACUCGGGCGUCAUCUCCAUCGACGCAAACAGAAUCCGCUUCGCACUGCGCGACUGGAAAUCAAUGCUCGCACUGAAAAUCCUCAACGCCCGGCUUCGCGAUCUCCUCGCGUCUACAUUUAAGAACCCUCACCGCCCGCUUUCUUAUAAGCAACAGCAGUGGCUGGAUAUCUGGCAGCAGAUCUUUGCGCAGGCUGGAAAGCGUUGA